CCAUAUGAUCCCUGAGCUCCAAUCAUCAGUCCCUUCUGCAAAAGCAGCCUCUGCAUUUUUGUCUUUUCCUAAAUGCUAACAUGGCGAAAAAAAGACUGAUGUCAAGAAAAACAGAGGCAGAAGAAAUGUGAAAAAAGGAAAACCAAACAUUUUCAUGGAGAGCAAAAGUCAGAAGCAAAGGGAGGAGAAUCCGGGCUCCUUUGCACCAGAAAACCUGCAUCAAAAUGCUGAUAGCAGAAAAGACGACUGAAUUCCCUUCCACAGAGUUCUCUCUGGUGGAGGAUGUUGCCCUCCACUUCACUUGUUUGAUGGACAGACUCAAUGAGCAGCGCCUGUUUCAGCCAGAUCUUUGUGAUGUAGACAUCGUAUUGGUUCGGCAGAAGAACACGUUUCCUGCGCACAAGGGAGUCCUCGCAGCCUACAGCCAGUUCUUUCACUCGCUUUUCACCCAGAACAAGCAGCUCCAGAGGGUGGAGCUCUCCCUGGAGGCUCUGACCUCUCAAGGCCUUCAGCAGAUCCUCAACUUCAUCUACACCUCGAAGCUGCUGGUGAAUGCCUGCAACGUACAGGAUGUGUUGAACGCGGCCGCUGUCUUUCAGAUGAGUGACAUUGCGACUUCCUGUCAGGAGCUCAUCAACAGCCACUCAUUGACCUUGACCAUCACAGGGGAUAUGUCCAAGCAGGACGGCCAGGGCAACCCACUUCCAUCGCAGUUCUACCGAGAGAUCAAGCAAGAGGUGGAUCCUCCCCACACCAAAAUCUACGCCAGAGAGGGCAACAAUCCCUACUCUGUCCGUGUCGAGGACAACGCCGGACCGAAGCACCAGCACAAGGACUAUUUUAAGGAGGAGGAAGUUCGCGGGCGGGGGUCGUGCAAGAUCGAGGGAGACGCAGAGGAAUCCGAAGACUCGGACAGUCAUGGCUCUUUCAAUCGGGAGCAGAUCAUUGUGGAGGUUAACCUCAAUAACCAAACCCUGAAUGUUUCCAAAGGGACAGAAAGCAAAGCUUCAUCCACCGAGGCCACCGCCUUGCUGGGACGGUGCCAUGGUGAAGAGCAGGACACUGAGGAGGAGGAGGAGGAGGAGGAUGAAGAUAACGAUGAUGAUGAUGAUGAUGAAGAUGCAGAUGUUGGAGAAGAGGAUGAAGAUCAAACUGAAGAAGACGACCUGGUGGACUCCAGUGAAGAUGAGGAUGGUGAUGAGGAAGAAGAUAAUAAUGACAUUCUGGAAGUCAAGAAGGAGAAAGUGGAGAGGCUGCGGAGGAGGACCAGAGUUUCGGGAGAUGCUGAGGCCACGGUGUCCACACAGCAAGUUGAGCGCAGCGCCGAGGUGGAUGGGAACCACAGGGGGAGGAAGAGGAAGAAGGACCAGGAUGGCUUGGGCCAGAAGGUGAAACUGGAAGACAAGGAGCAUUUCUCUUGUAAGAAGUGCCCGCGGGUCUUCAACAACCGCUGGUACCUAGAGAAGCACAUGAACGUGACGCACAGCAGGAUGCAGAUCUGUGAACGGUGCGGCAAGAGGUUUCUACUGGAGAGCGAGCUGCUGCUGCACCACCAGACGGACUGCGAGAAAAACAUCCAGUGUGUAACCUGUGGGAAGGCGUUUAAGAAGCUCUGGUCUCUCCAUGAACACAAUAAAAUUGUCCAUGGCUAUGCGGAAAAGAAAUUCUCAUGUGAGAUCUGUGAAAAGAAAUUCUACACAAUGGCUCAUGUCAGAAAACACAUGGUUGCUCACACGAAGGACAUGCCAUUUACCUGUGAGACCUGCGGGAAAUCCUUCAAGCGCAGCAUGUCUUUGAAAGUGCACUCGCUGCAGCACUCUGGAGAGAAGCCCUUCAAAUGUGAGAACUGCAGUGAGCGCUUCCAGUACAAGUACCAGCUGCGCUCCCACAUGAGCAUCCACAUCGGACACAAGCAGUUCAUGUGCCAGUGGUGCGGGAAGGACUUCAACAUGAAGCAGUACUUCGACGAGCACAUGAAGACACACACCGGAGAGAAGCCAUUCAUCUGUGAGAUCUGUGGGAAAAGCUUCACCAGCCGGCCCAACAUGAAGCGUCACCGGCGUACGCACACGGGUGAGAAGCCGUACCCCUGCGACGUGUGCGGGCAGCGCUUCCGCUUCUCCAACAUGCUGAAGACACACAAGGAGAAGUGCUUCCGGGUCAGCAACCCCAUGGGCCUCGCCAAUCAGGGAGCAACACCAGCAGUGGCUACGUCCCUAUCCCUCCCCCUGCUUCCCUCCAUGGCAGCCAUCGCCCCGCCCCCUCACCUACCCCCCCUGCCACCGCUGUUCCCAGCCGGGAGGGUAAACAGCAACUGAGCAUAGAAACACACACACACUCUCAUUGUGAACAGCAACUGAGCAGAGAAACACACACACACACACACACACACACUCAUUGUAAACAGCAACUGAGCAGAGAAACACACACACAAACACUCUCAUUGUAAACAGCAACUGAACAGAGAAACACACACACACACAUUGUGAACAGCAACUGAACAGAGAAACACACACACAAACGCACACACACACACACUCAUUGUAAACAGCAACUGAACAGAGAAACACACACACAAACGCACACACACACACACUCAUUGUAAACAGCAACUGAACAGAGAAACACACACACACACUGUCAUGUAAACCCCCUCUCCCUGUCCCUCUCGCACACAUGCUCACACGCACAGACACACGCACACUGACACACGCACGCACACAGACACACACAUGCACAUGCACACACAUGCACGCAUGGACACACACACACACACACACGCACACACACACGUGUGAAGGUCAUACUCUUGGUAAGGCUGACCUCCAUUUUGUAAGCAUGGAACCCAUUCCAGCUGAGAAGGAGCUGUUCAGCAGUAAAGGGACGCCGAUCUCAGGAUCAGUGGCCACUUUCACUUCUUUUAUUCUUUUAGUUUUUAAUUUUUUUAAAUGUCUCGACUUGUCAAGUUCAGUUAAGUAAAGGAAUGCAGAGACGGUGUUAUUUUGGACAUUGUAUUUUACUGUGGGAUUUACACAGUCUGUGCUUUGUGUGUUUCCACACAAGCCCAUACAACACAUAAAGCUUGUUUAAUGACAUCCCCAGCCUGGAGAAUUGCAUGAUUUCACCGUCAUGGAGUCCUUCAUAAUUCCUCCUGGCUGCUCCAUUCUCAUUAUAAAAAGCUACGGAACAACAUUUUUUUGGGGGGGGGAUAUUUCACAAACUCUUUUCCGCUAACCCCAAUAUCCAAGUUGUAAUUUCUGAGAGAAAUCGAUGCAACCCUAACCGUUCCCAGUGGGAAUUUCUAUGAAGAAAUGUGGUUCAAAUGAUUAUUAUUUUGUUGUUGCUGCUGCCCCUCACCCCCUAGUUUUAAAGAUCAUUUGUAAUUGGAUCUCAGUUUUCAGCAGCUGUGAUUUCUCUUCCCUAACGCCUGUGUGUGUAAGUGUAUAGAAACACAACUAUACUAGCCUGAGGAAGUGCUGGGUCUUCAUUCCCUUUAUAGAAUUCAAAGCAAUCUCAAAAAGGACUUCAGAGGAAGGGUGCAGAUCUUCAGCAGCAAGCAGAAGUGAUAUUUCUGACUGUUCCAUGAACACUUUACAAUGUGGAGUACAACAAAAUAAGAAACAGGAUCACUUUACAAUGUGGAGUAGAAUCAAAUAAGAGAAAGGGUGUAAACUAAGGACUCCAACAAACGUGGAGCUCGGUUUAACUUCUGAAUCUCAUAGCGUGCAAUGGCAUAACUGUAUGGCUGUGUAGAAGAGUAUACUGGACUGUAUACUGUGGCUGAGGAUCAGUGCAGCAGCCACAAUAGGAAGCUCUGUGAUUUCUUGUUUUAUUCAUUAAUCACUUUAAAGACAUGUGCAGUAGGAGACGUUGAGAACUCAAUUGUAAUGCUCCUGUGAUAACCAAAUGCUGCUCUGUGUCGAGGGCAAGCUUAUAUUGCAUUGCAAUAACCAAAUGCUGUGAUCUCAUUGUAUUGUAUUGUAUUUCUAGAGAUGCUGAUGGAGUGCUGUUUAGAAUCCCCAGCAGCAUUUCUGUGAAACAUGAAGUGAAGAGUAGGAAAGCUGUGCAGUACACAGUGCAAUGAGAGACUCAGAAAGCUGUGCAGUACACAGUGCAAUGAGAAACUAAGAAAGCUGUGCAGUACACAGUGCAAUGAGAGACUAAGAAAGCUGUGCAGUACACAGUGCAAUGAGAGGACUCAGAAAGCUGUGCAGUACACAGUGCAAUGAGAGACUCAGAAAGCUGUGCAGUACACAGUGCAAUGAGAGACUCAGAAAGCUGUGCAGUACACAGUGCAAUGAGAGACGAAGAAAGCUGUGCAGUACACAGUGCAAUGAGAGACUAAGAAAGCUGUGCAGUACACAGUGCAAUGAGAGACUAAGAAAGCUGUGCAGUACACAGUGCAAUGAGAGGACUCAGAAAGCUGUGCAGUACACAGUGCAAUGAGAGACUCAGAAAGCUGUGCAGUACACAGUGCAAUGAGAAACUAAGAAAGCUGUGCAGUACACAGUGCAAUGAGAGACUAAGAAAGCUGUGCAGUACACAGUGCAAUGAGAGAAAGUCUGUAUCAUGUAAUGGUUUUUUAAGCUUGGAAAAUGCUGCAGUCUUAAAAGUGACUCUAAAAAGCGAACCGUUUGAUUUGCUGAGGGACGGUGGACGGCAGGCUGCUUUGUACUGUCUAACCUGAAUUGCUUAUGUUAAGCAGUGUUUUUAUAGUUGUGUUUGUGGAGUAACUUGGCUCUUGUUUCUCUUGUUUCCUUUGACCCCUCCUCACACCUCCUUGUUAGAGACUACAGCUAGUAUAGCUAUUGCUUCACUUUUACAAUACGAUGCUGUGCUGUGAUACAGACGCUGUACUGCUGUAUAAAAGCAGUUGAAAAUGAACACAUGUGAUUGACUCAUACUGUAAGGGUAACUGUAGGCAGCUAAGCACAGUUCUGCUUGCAGUUCCCAUUUGAACCCAUCAAGUGUCAUUGUCCUUUGAGCACAGGCUACUUUGUCAUUUUUUGGAGCAUUUUUAACCUGUUACCGUAUUCCUUUGAAUUUUAAGAUGCAGUCCAAAUUUCCCAUCCUCAAUUUGAGGAAAAAAUAAAACAUCAAAUAAAUCUGCAUUUACAAAGAUACAACCUCAAUUACGCAUAUGGAGGCAGUUUGCAGCCAUCUGCUCUCACACAGAGCAGUACAGGUAUGUGUUGUGUCUCAUUUCCAGUCUGCUCUCACACAGAGCAGUACAGGUAUGUGCUGUGUCUCAUUUCCAGUCUGCUCUCACACAGAGCAGUACAGGUAUGUGCUGUGUCUCAUUUCCAGUCUGCUCUCACACAGAGCAGUACAGGUAUGUGCUGUGUCUCAUUUCCAGUCUGCUCUCACACAGAGCAGUACAGGUAUGUGUUGUGUCUCAUUUCCAGUCUGCUCUCACACAGAGCAGUACAGGUAUGUGUUGUGUCUCAUUUCCAGUCUGCUCUCACACAGAGCAGUACAGGUAUGUGCUGUGUCUCAUUUCCAGUCUGCUCUCACACAGAGCAGUACAGGUAUGUGCUGUGUCUCAUUUCCAGUCUGCUCUCACACAGAGCAGUACAGGUAUGUGCUGUGUCUCAUUUCCAGUCUGCUCUCACACAGAGCAGUACAGGUAUGUGUUGUCUCAUUUCCAGUCUGCUCUCACACAGAGCAGUACAGGUAUGUGCUGUGUCUCAUUUCCAGUCGUGAUUACUCACACCCAUUUUUCUCCCAGUUUGUGAACUGUGGUAUUGCUUUGGAAAUGGCGAAAAAUACGGGGGUCUGAUCACAUUUCUGAUCUGUCCAUGCUGGUACUGUUUGUUAGAAAGGCUGAAAUUGUGCUGAGCUUCAUAGCUGGUGUGAAAUUUCACUGGUCUGAUUACAGGAACGUCUAACUUGACUGUCCUCAAAAUAGGACACAGUCGUUUGUAGCGAAAAAGGAAGGACUUUAAUUUUUUUUCUGUGAAGAAAUAUUGAUUUAGAAUGUAACACAUUACAAAAUACUGCUUGUGUUCUGAAUGUGAUACAUGUGGUACCGGUAUUUAUUUUUAUGCAUUUAGCAUGAUUUUUAAGUUACGGAAACUUUAAAACAAAAAAGACAUCUAUCUGGACAAACCCCAACCCACUCCGAUGAUAACUUUCCUUAUUCUAAACAGUGUGUGUGGCAUGCGUUUAACCCCUCUCUCUUGCACUAACAGAUCCUGGGUAUUGGUUGCUGUCUCUUGCACUAACAGAUCCUGGGUAUUGGUUGCUGUCUCUUGCACUAACAGAUCCUGGGUAUUGGUUGCUGUCUCUUGCAGUAACAAAUCCUGGGUAUUGGUUGCUGUCUCUUGCACAAACAGAUCCUGGGUGUUGGUUGCUGUCUGUUGCAGCAACAGAUCCUGGUAUUGGUUGUUGUCUCUUCCAGUAACAGAUCCUGGUAUUGGUUGCUGUCUCUUGCACUAACAGAUCCUGGGUAUUGGUUCCUGUCUCUUGCAGUAACAGAUCCUGGGUAUUGGUUGCUGUCUCUUGCACUAACAGAUCCUGGGUAUUGGUUCCUGUCUCUUGCAGUAACAGAUCCUGGGUAUUGGUUGUUGUCUCUUGCAGUAACAGAUCCUGGUGUUGGUUGCUGUCUAACUGGGGGAGGCGCACUUUAUCUAGUAGAGCAGCUUUGUCCCCACAGAGUCCAGAUACUGACAGGAAGGGAUCCAAAAUAUUACAUGACUCUUGGCCAUGUCGGUACCCCGGGUGCUGCUAGCUAUUGGGCAUUUCUCCUUCUAAAUAUCAUAUUGUAGCUGUGCCUAUCUAAAUAUAAUGUUUCUAAUCACACAAAAACACUUGAAACGGGGUGUUUAGAAGGCAUAAGGGAUUCUAAUCACACAGAAGCACAUGAAACGGGAUGUUUAGGCAUAAGGGAUUCUAAUCACACAGAAGCACAUGAAACGGGAUGUUUAGAAGGCAUAAGGGAUUCUAAUCACACAGAAGCACAUGAAACGGGAUGUUUAGAAGGCAUAAGGGAUUCUAAUCACACAGAAGCACAUGAAGUAGGUAGUCUCAAGGUUUGAUUCAGGAGCUUCUUGGACAGUUGAAAUGCUAAAGAGAGCCUGUGUUAGUUUUGCGGGCAGGUGGUAAUAAUAUGUAAUACUAUGAGAGCUGCAAGCAACCUUGCUUCAUGGUUUUUCUGUACAUUUUCUUUUUUUUCAUAGAAAUUUGCUUUUACGAAGGGUGGGGGUUCAUUUGAAAUUCUUCAGUUCAGUCCUGCCAGUGCUGUGUUCUCUAAAUGAUGUGAAGAAAUCUAAAAGCUAUUUUUCCAUGUACAGUGUAUGUUGUUGUCAUUCUGGUAAAUUAGGCAUCUGACCACAUGACCACAACUUACAGUAUAGGCAGGGGCUAGUGCCCAAUCUGCAGUCAUGUGGUCUAAACCCUGUCAUCUUCAGCUGCAUGCCUGGCUUGACACACUGACUGAUACAUGUCCACAGACACCAACGGUGUGUUCAUGCAUGUAUUUAUAUGUGUUACAAAGAAACCAAGGCAAGCUCCUUUACGGCCAGAACCAGUCACAUUGUUAAGUCGUCCUGGUUUUGCUGUUGUAUCAACUUUAUGUAUAUUUCUGUUGUCACAUGUUUAAAUGGGAAGAGCGGAUCUGUUUUUUCUAACCUGUCUUUUUGUACAUUUAACAUGUUUUGGUCAGAUGACUAUAGAAAGAAGGCAAUGAAUUGUUUAAUGUAUGUUUGUAAGUGUUCGGUGGCUACCUGUAGUCUAGUUGAUAGUGUGUGAGAAAUACACUCUCAACUUGAUUAGAGGUAGCCACCAAAUACUUAUAAACAUACAGUAAACACACCCGUGAAUGUGGGAUUGUCUACUUAUUUUAAUGGCUUCCGAGUUACUGACGGCGUCCAUGGAAAGCUGGCAACCCUAAUGUGUGUGUGUGUGUGUGUGUGUGUGUGUGUGUGUGUGAG